AUGAAAAGGUGUUGGGAAAUCAUCAAGGAAGACCUGCUCAAAGUCUUAAAGGAGUUUCACGCUAAUGGAAAGCUUACAAGAGGUUGUAACACCGCCUUUGUGGUCUUAAUACCGAAGAAAACUGCAGCGUCGGAGCUAAAAGACUACAUGCCCAUUUCACUUAUUAACAGCCUUUACAAGGUGUUGGCUAAAGUUCUUGCUCUUAGAAUGAAAAAGGUGAUGAAUCUCAUUAUUUCAGAAAGACAGAGCGCUUUUGUUGAAGGCAGAUGCAUUCUUGAUGGAGUUGUCACUUUAAACGAAAUUGUUGAGGAGGCCAAGAGGAAGAAGAAAGGUACUAUACUUUUCAAAGAUGAUUUUGCUAAAGCUUAUGACACGGUAGAUUGGCAUUUCCUCGACAAAAUGCUUGAAAAGAUGAAUUUUAGAGAAAAAUCACUACAAGAAAAACGCCAAUAG